AUGUCGUCCAACGAGCACCACCAGCACAGCGAGCACAACGAACCCUUUGAGGAGGGCAAGGAAAACUCUCACAACCAAACCGAUCCCAAGGAUCAGCGCUCCAUUGCCAACAGAUUGGCCGCCGAGACGCAAGCCGAUGAGGACAAGGAGGACCCCGCCAUCACCAGAAUGAAGGAGGACCCUACCGCUCCCGCCAGAGAGCACGGCAACGAGCCUUCGCGCGGAGCCAAGAUUGAUGCCAAGAUUUUGGAAGAGGAGCAGGCCGAGUUGGAGCGCAAGGGCAAGGCAUAA